AUGGGCGACAUGACAGCUCCCUUCAGCCGACCUGAGGACGACAAAGGCCGCGACCCCUCCUGUCAGUGGCAUGAACAAAUCCACCUCCACCACCCCCCCACCGGCGACGGUUUCUACAGCUUUUACCAACGUGGCGAUCAGAAGCUCAUCCCCCACCUCGCAGGCCACAGACUUCUCUUCCCUUACUGCCGUUACUACAUUGUCUCUGUCAAAAAUCUCUAUUUCAACAAGUUUGAUGCCAUCUUCUUCUACAACGAAUCGAACCCUCAUCGGUCCAAGCUACCUCCGCUUCGAUCCCUCCCUCACACCACAGGUCCGCUGUUCAAGCACCAACCUUUCAUUGUGACCUGGAACAUCCCUGAUCUGGUGUGUAACAGAUACAACAUCUCCCUGGACACCUCAGCGUUUAAAGGAGUGGCCACGCCUGCAAAGGUUCCAGGUCAGUUCCUGUCUCUGUUCUACACAGACCGGCUGGGUCUUUACCCACAUGUAGACCUUGUUGGUAGAAAACAGUUGAAUGGAGGUAUUCCUCAGAGGGGGAACCUGAGAGCCAGUAUGAACAAGGCCAGAGCUGAUAUCACCUACUACAUCACAUCCAAGACCAGCCGGGGCUUGGCUGUUAUAGACUGGGAGGAAUGGCGCCCCCUGUGGGACAGGAACUGGGGCACUAAGAGGAUCUACCAGCUCUUAUCUGUGGUCCAUGCAAUGCAGACAAACCGCUCGCUCCCAGUGGAGCAGGCCACAGAAAAAGCCAAACAACAGUUCCAGGUGGCAGCCAGAAGUUUGAUGUCAGGGAUGUUGACGAUGGGCAGAGCCAUGAGGCCCAACUACCUCUGGGGCUUCUACCUGUUUCCCAACUGCUAUAACUACGGCUGGUUGGAGCCCGGCUACACAGGCCGGUGCUCCAAGGAGGUGAGGAGGCAGAAUGAUGAGCUCCUGUGGCUGUGGGAGUCCAGCACGGCCCUCUACCCAUCGGUCUAUCUGCAGGCCUCACUGGCAGAUAACCCCAGAGCUGCCCUGAUGGUGAGGAACCGUGUCCAGGAGGCUCUGCGAGUGUCCACCCUGCCGCGGCGGGGUGGAGGCGCCGCGCCCGUGUUCGUUUACACGCGUCCCGUCUUUGUCGAUCAGAACAGACGCUUCCUCAGCCGGGGGGACUUGGUGAGCACCGUGGGGGAGAGUGCCGCAGUGGGAGCGUCUGGCGCUGUGCUGUGGGGGGCCAGCGCUGACUACGAUGACCAGGCCUCUUGUGAAUCCCUCUCAUCCUACCUCUCCUCCACCCUCAACCCUUACGUCACCAACGUCUCCGCGGCCGCCCAGCUCUGCAGCAGCUUCCUGUGCCGGGGGAACGGCCGCUGCGUCCGCAAACACUACAACUCCAACCACUACCUCCACCUGAACCCUGACAGUUUCAGGGUCGUGCAUAUUCAGAGGCGCUACCUGGCUCUUGGGAGACCUACCUUUGCGGACCUGAAGGCUCUGAGCAGGGGAUUCACCUGUCAAUGCUACAGAGGCCUGAGCUGCACUCCCAGGACUUACAGGGAGCUCGCCAAGGCCCUGAGGUUCAGUGUGAAACAGGGGCUGCACCAAAAAGCCCACACACUCAAUAAAGCGGCAUUGGAUGAUAUGCAACAAGCUAGUAUUGCUAAAGACAAUACUGAGAAGAACUUGAAAGUAUAGCUUGUUGCACAAAUCAAACCAAACUACUCCUUCAGUUCAGACAUGGAAAAUGCAGUCCAGUUGCAAUCCAGAUGAUUAGAAGGCGUCUGCGUGUUUCACCCCAUUAGCCUGAUUUGCAUUUCCUGUGAUUGAAAUUGAAAAGACCGGCCGGCUCUUGCUCGACUGGAGUUCUAAAGCAGACGCAACAAUACAACAUCAGUGGAGCUGCAGGCUGAACGGCUCUUCCUCCCGGUCUCCCAUCACAAAUAAAUACAUUUAAAGGACACAGGAAGCGUCACCUCAUCAAAGCCUCCACACUGUGACCACACUGACAGGACAUGAACAAAUCGGUCAACAGUCUGCAGUUAAGUUCCAAACCAGGAGGAAAACAAUCAAAGAGACGGUGCCUUAUCAAACACGUCAGAUUAUUCACUGUAGGCUUUUGUAUGUGAUUUGACUGUACAUGUAAAUAAAUGGAAAGAGGGGGUGCGACAGUGUUGUAAUGUGUUCAACUUCUCACGGUAAAAAUCUACAGAGCAAAUACGUCGACUGGGUAGUUUUUAAUAGCAAGUCCCAAAAUAUAGUCAAAUCCAAUCAAAUUGAUUUAAAUUUAGAUUAAUAACUGAGCUACAUUCAUAUUCUAUUUCAAAAUGUGCUGUGUUGUGAGCAUGAGAUGAGAAAGGUUGCUCUCUCUUCCUCAUAACAGUGACAACAGCUAAUUCAGGCUGAAGUAAAGUGUGCAACAUCACAGCUCUGACACUCAAGCAAAAUGGAAAUGAUUUCCUCUUUGCUUCUUCGUCUGUGAAAUGUAGUGUAUUAGUAUAUUCAGUAUAUUAUCAAAUUAUCAUUAUUAUUUUCCGUGACACUUGUGGCUGUUUAAUCAGGAUAAUUCAUACAUUAGCACUUGGACUUUAUUUAACUUGCAUGUUUUCCUGCAUUGCCACACGUUGCUUCUACCCUUUUACAUCCAGUAGAUGUGGAGCAAAAUGUGCAUUUCUUGAAUCAACUAGUACUAUUGACAAAGAAGUUUACAGUGUGUGUAUUGUGAAUCUCUUUUUUUCACUGAAAACAGCUUUUUGUUGCUACUGCAAACAGGGCGGAUGAUGUACAGUGUAAACAGCAGAGUUUACCUGUUGCUCUGGCACAUUACAAGGGGACAUUUUUAGGUGUGGAAACAGUGAAGUGAAGUAAAACGACUGAGGCCAAUCAGCAGGCAAACAGAAACGUCUGCCUGUUUGUUUCCAUGUGUGUGUGUGAAAGCCUGUUUUCAUGUUUGUCUCUGGAGGAGUUGUGUGUUUUAUUCCCAUCGUGGCGUUGUCAGCAGAUACUGUGGGUCAUUGGUGUAUUAGUGUGGGUCCUCUGGGUGCUGAAUGGGAGGUUGAGACUGAAUGUGUGUGUGUGUGUGUGUUUGCUUGUGUGUGUGUUUGCUUGGUUUCCUGAAGAAGUAGUUUGACAUGUUGAUUUUUGCAUCACAGCUCUAUCACUCAAAUGUGUUGCUUGGUUAUUUGCUUUUGUUUGUUACUUCUCUAUGCUGUGGCUCGGGGGGGGGGGGUAAACCUGUACUGUAAGGCACAUUCAAAUUCAUGCAAAACUUGUAUUGACUUGCUGUUCAGACCGAGUUUGACAUGACAAACUGAUUUCUGUGGAACUGCUUCCUCUACACUCUCCCUGCAAUAAAGCAGUGACAAUAGAGUGCACCAGGAACUAGACUGUGUGUUCUACUGUGACUAACAAACAGGCUUAAAACCAACAUCACCUGUAAUAUAAUCUGCUUGCUAGUGUCUUUGGAUUUAUACAGAGUAUAUAGACAAACACAAAUGUACAAUGAAGUGCUAUCUGCUGCUGACGACACCAUGUCAGUGUUGUGAGUCAACCAGAGAAUGGGGCCGCAACAACCAGCAUGGAAAAUAAACAAGACAAAAGAAAAACCUGUUAUUCCAUC